AUGCUUUUCCGCUCUCUCCCCACCUCAUCCCGGCUCAGCUUUCGCAGCUCCCUCCUAUUCCGGCGCCCCGUUGGCAAGCAAAUCCACUCCGGUCGACUGACCGUAAAUCGAACCCUGGCUACCCUUGAGCCCACGCCCUCGUCCAGCUCAAUUGCUCCGGGCCCUCGUCUCUCCUCGAUCUCACGUCACCUUUCCUCUUCCCCCGUAUCCGAGAACAACAACUCCUCGACAAUGGCCCCCAUCGAAGUUCAGCAGUAUGACUACAUUGUCCUCGGUGGUGGAAGCGGCGGUAGCGGUAGCGCUCGCCGCGCAGCCGGCUGGUACGGCGCAAAGACACUGAUCGUGGAGAGUGGCCGCUCGGGUGGCACCUGUGUCAAUGUUGGAUGUGUUCCCAAGAAGAUGACCUGGAACUUUGCGACGAUCAACGAGACCCUCGAAAUCGGCAAGCACUACGGCUACGACAUUCCUGAAAACAUUAAAAAGGACUAUACCCACUUCAAGAACACCCGCGAUGCCGUCAUCAAGCGCCUGAAUGGCGUUUACGAGAACAACUGGAGCCGGGAGGGCAUCGACCUUGUCCACGGCCGCGCCCGCUUCGUCGAGCCCAAGGUGAUUGAGGUCGCCAAUAUUGAUGGAAGCGUCUCCCGCUACGCUGCCCCUCACAUAUUGAUUGCUACUGGUGGCCGACCGAACAUUCCCAAGGUCGCCGUUGUUGGCGCUGGCUACAUCGCCGUCGAGCUGGCUGGUGUGAUGAAUGCUUCCGACGUCGAGACCCACAUGUUCAUCCGCGGAGAGCACUUCCUGCGCAAGUUUGACCCUAUGGUUCAGAAGACCAUGACUGACCGGUACGAUGCCGCCGGUGUCAAGCUUCACCGCAACCACUCUGGCUUCAAGGAGGUGCAGCUCAUCCGUGACGGUAAGGGCAAGGACCGUUUGAUCAAGCUGAUUAGCCACGAUGGCUCGGAGCUCGAGGUCAACGAGCUUCUGUGGGCUGUUGGCCGUGCCCCCGAAGUUGAGGACCUGCAAAUUGACAUUCCUGGCAUCAAGCUGAACCCCAGCGGUCACAUUGGUGUCGAUGAGUACCAGAACACCUCCGUGGAGGGUGUCUACGCCCUUGGUGAUGUGACUGGUCAGGCUGAGCUUACACCUGUUGCUAUUGCCGCCGGUCGCCAACUCGGCAACCGUAUUUUCGGCCCGCCUGAGCUGAAGACCUCUAAGCUGUCCUACGAGAACAUCCCGACUGUCGUCUUCUCCCACCCCGAGGUUGGUGUCGUCGGUCUCACUGAGCCCGAAGCCCGCGAGCGCUACGGCGACGACAAGAUCAAGAUUUACCACACCAAGUUCACUGCCAUGUACUACUCGGUCUGUACCCCCGAGGAGAAAGCCAAGAACCCUACCGAGAUGAAGAUCAUCUGCGCCGGCCCAACCGAGAAGGUCGUUGGUCUGCACAUCCUGGGUCUUGGUGUUGGUGAGAUGCUUCAGGGCUUCGGUGUUGCCGUAAAGAUGGGCGCCACCAAGCAGGAUUUCGACAGCUGCGUUGCCAUCCACCCGACCAGCGCCGAGGAGCUGGUUACCAUGCAGUAA